AUGCCGCCCCAGACGGACGAGCCCCUCGCUCUCCAUCGCUUCGACGUCUGGCUGUCGACGGUGGGCCUCACUCCUGGACCGGCGCUGUAUGCAUCUCCUCUGCCACUCAAGCCCGUCGAAGUCAUCAACCUCGACGACGACGACGACGACGACGACGACGACGACGACGACGACAUCUGCCAUGACGACGACGACAACAACACUAUCGUCAUUGAUCUGGCCUCGAUGAGCGACGAUCAAGUCUCGGAUCCGGCCGCUGAGAUCGAUCCCACCUUCCACACCGACCGCCACACGCUCUCGCAAAUGUUCACGUCCGAUCAGACCCCACCCACAGGCAUCCAAUGGCUCGUCGAUCUCGCCGACCGUGACAACACCAGCGUUUCCGCCCAGUUCAUCCUCGGGCUCUUCUAUUCCCACAACCACAACCCUGUCGAGCAAAGCCGAGAUCUGGCCAUCAAGUGGCUCUCCAUGGCCAGCGAUCAGGGACAUGCUCCCGCCCGGAUGCAAUUGGCGCUUGUCUGCCAGAGAGGCACCGACACCGCCAUCUCUCUCGCCAGCGUGCUUCAAAGGACAGCGACGGCCAUCGAUGCCUCGGUGCAGUGUAACGACAGCAGCAAUGCCGCUGCCGUAGCAACUCGCUUCUCCCAAAAGAAGACCGCAAGCUCGCUCGCGACCGGGACUGCGAUUCUGGACGAGCAGCUCAUCCAUCAAUCGAUUUCGCGGCUCCGAUACGCCGACAAGGACAUACCCCGAGACUUGAUUGUCAUGUACCAGAGGAUCGGCGAGGCCUACGAAACCGGUCAAUAUGGCUUGCCCGUCAGCCUAUCCUCUGCCUUUCUAUGGUACCUGCGAGGGCUGAGCCACGGGCAUCGAGGAUGCCGCAUCAAGGCCAUGGCGAUCUGCAACAACAACACAAAGCAAAUACGGCACGAAUUUCCACAGGUCCUGCGCUGGCUCACGGAUCCCCAUUUCCACAAUUCAAAGCUCGUUGAAAACCGCAUUAUGGGCGCGAGCGACACCAAGUUCCGGCGAAUGAUCAUCGAUGAUCUGCGCGGAUACCUGUCCACAGCAGUCGUGGGCUCGGCCAAAUUCCAGCUUCGCAUGGGUCUGCUUUUCGAGACUGGUCCCCCAGGGUUCGAGCAAUCCAUCCCAACUGCCAUCGAGUGGUACAAAAAGGCGGCGGCCAAGAAGGAUCCUACGGCCCACAGGCGCCUCGAGAUCCUUGCGCCGCGUAUCACUCAAGUCCCGAGCGAUGACAACAAAUCCAAAAAGCCGAAAGGCGCCUCAAAUGAUAGCGACGAGCGCACAGACAACACUCCGUCGGCUGGUGCGGCCGGUGACAACAAUGGCAACUCGAACCCUUCGCAGCCUCCUGUUCAGAACAACAUUGCAGCACCUGCAAGGCCCCUGAGCAAGGCCAUGACGCGCAAGAUGCAAAAGGAGCACUCCAAGAAAAUCAAGCAAAAGGCCAAGAGGAAACGGGGGCUGAUAAAGGAGACGAUCAUAAAUGAAGUGCUGGCCCUGGAGAAGAACAGGCAGCAGGGGCUGGUCCUGGGGGAAAACAGGCAGCAGAAGCAGCUUGACGUUGCGUCCGCAAGCGCCUCGCCCGAGAGCGACAUCGAGCGCAUGUGCGCCUCCCUUCGGGCGAACAGCAAUGUCGACACAAUGGUCUCGCUCGGAAAGCGCUUUGAGGCCGGUCAGCACGCCCCGCUCGACCCAGUGCUGGCGACGCAGUUUUAUCACCUCGCUGUGGUGACGGCCCCCGGCCACGUCGAGGCCAAGACCCGGCUGGCGCAAUGCUUCAAGAACGGCACCGGGGUCCUGCUCAACUACGACCGGGCCUUCCCGCUGUUCCUCCAGGCCGCAACGGAAGGAGGCGUCGAGGCGCAGUAUGAGGCAGGACUGGCAUUCCACUGCGGGCAUGGUACCUCGGUCGACGAGGCCCAGGCAGUGUCAUGGUGGUUGUGGGCUGCCACCAACGGCCAUGCCCAGGCACAAUUCCGGAUUGGUCUGGCGCUCUUGCAGGGGCGAGGCACCGCCCAAGAUGAGCCGCUGGCGCAAGUGUGGCUCCAACGAGCUGCAGACCAGGGCAUCGCUGAUGCUUCGAGCGCGCUGAGUCAGAAGAAGGACGAAAUGCAAUGGUACCCGUCGCCGCAACAACACACAGUCUCUCCCAAAUAA